CAGGUUUCCUGUUCACUGGCAUUUCCUCAUAUUUAUCUGAAGACAGCUAUCAGCGACAUGCUCAGAAAAGGACUCUCAACACUUGCUGACCAUAUGGAUGCAGUGGAAACAGGAUCCUGUAAGAGAACAUAAAUAUCAUAAUCUGAAAGGCAAUCAUAGAUAAGGAAACAAAAAGUUGCGGAGUGACCUUCAUAUCUGAGUUUAGAGAAAAUGCCUGCGGAGGCAAAUGCCAGCCCAGAAGACCCAUGCACUGUGGACUCAGCGUUCAGAUACACCCUCUUCACAGUGUCCUACAGCAUUAUAUUUAUCUUUGGAUUUAUUGCCAAUGCCUAUGUACUGUGGGUGUUUGCCAGACUUUACCCUGCUAAGAGGUUGAGUGAAAUUAAAAUAUUCAUGAUAAAUUUGACAGUGGCUGACCUCCUGUUUUUGGUGACACUGCCUCUCUGGAUUGUGUACUACAAUAAUAGAGGGGACUGGAUCAUGCCUGACUUUCUGUGCAAUAUAGCCGGCUGUUUCUUUUUCAUCAACACAUAUUGCUCAGUGGCCUUUCUUGGGGUCAUCAGCUAUAACAGAUAUCAGGCUGUAACCCGACCUGUAGAGACAGCCCAAUCCACAGCCAGAGUUAGAGGUAUGUGCAUAUCCAUAUGCGUGUGGAUACUGAUAAUUGCCAGUUCUCUAUACUUUCUUGUUGUACCGGGCACCAACCAAGUGCAGAGUAAUGAUGGACAUAACUACACUCACUGCUUUGAGGGAUACAGCAUUGAUAACAGAGAUCCUGUGGCUAUAAUUCACUUCAUUCUGAUUGCCGCCUUCUUUCUUGUAUUCCUCAUUAUCGUUAUAUGCAACCUUGUCAUUUUCAAAACUUUAAUCACCCAAACAGUGGCAGCCAAGCAGAGUGCGGAAAUGAAGCAACGCGCUCUGUACAUGGUGGGAGCUGUUCUAGGUGUUUUUGUCAUAUGUUUUGUCCCGCAUCACAUUGUACAUGGACCCUGGACUCUGACAGUUCUGCGAUUGUGGCAUGAAAAUAACUGUGGCUUCCGCCAGAGCUUAAAUGAUGCGCACCAAAUAACUCUAUGCCUAAUGAGCACCAACUGCAUGCUGGACCCCAUAAUCUACUGCUUCCUCACCAAGAAGUUCAGGAAACACCUAUCUGAGCGCAUCCAGACCAUGAGAAGAAGUCGUAAGUGUUCCAGAAAUACCACUGACACAAACACAGAAGGCACCCUGCCUCUUAGGCACACUAGUACAUAUGACCUCUAGCAUGAAAGAGUUGUUUAAUAGUUGCAGUAGAGUUCAGAUAUGACUGGCACUGUUACUAAGGGACAUAUGGCAUCUGAAGCUUUGCUUCUCAAACAGAAAUGGGAAAAUACUUAUUCACUUUUACCAGAAUUUGCAAAGUUGCAAUAAUGGAAAGAUUUGUAAAAUUUAUAAAACAAAAUGUUUGUGCUUGUUAAAAUCAGUUAGAUUAUGCACAGAUUAUCAAAUGGAAGAUGUAGACAAGUGCAUACAAUUGUCUCCAUCUCGUUCUUUUCUUUUUUUACAUGGAAAUGGUGUAAAACUGGUACUUUUUUCAGUUAAAGACUGAAUGUAGCAGUUUUGAAUAUUGCAAAGGACACUCUUCUGUAUACAGUAUAUUUUUCUGUGUCCUCAGGGGAUCAGUUGCCGGCGAUGGACGAACCACAGAAACUCAGUAUAGCACCUUGAGGUGUGAAGAAGUAGCAGAAUCAACUGAAGAACCUUUUUUUUUAUUUAAAUACAAUUUGCAUUUAAAAAUAACCAAGUACAGAUUCUGUAUCCUAGUACAUAUAACAGUAUAUAACUGUUACCAAUACAAGUUUCUUUCCAGCCAUUUCUGAUCAUGAUGCAUUAGGACUGGUAAAUCUUGCAAAGGGUUAAAGACUUCUCUAUGCUGCCAGCAAUCGGAAGUGUCAUGCUUUUAAAGGCAACAUUUUCUGUAAUGCGGGACUAAGUAUUUCAAUGAAGAGGAUCACAUUUCUGCUUUACUGUAAUUAUUUGUCUGCAGGCCAAAUACUAUCGAAGAACAUCCAUCUGCCAGCAUCGCCUGUGUACAGCUUUGCAGAAGUUUGUCAAGAUGUGUUACUACCAUUUAAAAAAACAGUAAUAAUUUGUGUUAGACAUUGAUAUUACUUGAGAUGGUUCUGUGAUCCAUGGGUGGCUCAGGGUAGAGACUGGAAGGUGAACUAAAGGCUUUGCUAAAAGGGAAGUGUUUUGGCAUGCGGCUACAAUUUAGAUUGCAGCAACGCAGCCACAGUGGCUAGAACUUAAGAAAGUUAUGAGAGACUCUGCACCAGGCAGGCUAGCUCGAGGAGUCAAUGUUGCGACCAAUGGUGCAUUGAUGGUAGAGAGAUCGGAUCCACCAAUGCACUUCAGCAAUGCUCAGAUAAGUGGUAGCUGCAAGGUUUGGUUGGUUCACAUUUGCAUAUUUUCAUGGGCAUGGGCUGCAUGUACCCCUGAAUAAGGCCUUAAAAGUGGUCAGCGCAGACUUCAAAUGAUGAUGACUUCCAUGUACAUUUAAAAAUAUAUAAAUUGUUGUAUUGGAACUUAAAGAUGUAAAAAGUUAUAACUACUGUCUAAAUGCAUGUCUGACCCCAUUUUCAUGAGUUGAAAUAUUGUACUAAUUGAAAAUAAAACAUUCACUUUAAUUAGCAUAUUUCACAAGCGUUAGAAACUCGGUGUCAGUUGAGGCUUACGCUAUUGGAGAUGUACCAUAGCAAUAUUUUGCUCAUGUUACACUACUGGCUACCAGUACAAGCUGCCACAUUCACCUCAUUUCAUGUAUUGGCAUCUAAAUAUGAAAAUUUCUAUUAAUUAGGUUAUAAAGACUUGGGGGGAAUUCAAUCAGCUGCUUUAAUUUACUAUGGGCUAAUUGAUUUGAUACCCCGAGCCUUUUCAAUUUGUCCUCCAAGGCAGCCCGUUGGUAGCAUUUAAUGGGCCUGUUUUCCGGUAUUGUGACCAUGUUAAUAGAUAGGUCUGUGAACUAAUCCCGGAUUCUAUGGGUUAAUGCCCGAAAACAGAUUAAUUUAAAGAAAAAUAUGCUCUAAUUGGAUAGCUCCGGAUGUUAAAGUUCAAGGCUACCCGCCUUUUUCAUCUGCGUUAAUUUAAUGGGGAUAAUUGAAUUAUCCCCUUUGAGUUCUACUAGGACAAAAGCACUAUAUAAAUAAAUGAUUAGUCUUAAGGCCCAUACACACGGCGAGAUUCGUGCUAUGCCCGAUUCUCACUAUGCGACAUUGACUAUGUGCGAUUUUGGCUAAGUGUCAAUUUUGACUAUCUCUUCUAUAGAGAUAGUUAAAAUUGACUUGCCUGCACAGUCUAUCUAGUCUUGCGAUGCCGACCGCGCAUUGGCAUUGAAUCGGGAUCGCAAGGUGACUUUCACCUUGCGACUGCACUAACUUUUCUUACGAUUUCAACUAUAUAGUCAAAAUCGUAAGAAAAUAUCUCACCGUGUGUACACACCAUUACUGUUAAAAUACAUUUAUCACUUAUCAUGAAGUGACAAUGAAUCCAAAACUCAGUAAUGUCUGCACUUUUUUGUGUGUGUGUUUAUUUAAGGUCUUGCUAUUGAUACACAAGAACAAAUACACAACAUUAUGUGGUAGGGCAUAGGUCACACAAUCCACAGAGAGGCAAGAUCACAAAAUUAGAUACACGAACGUAUAACAAAACAAUUAAAAUAUGAUAAUAAACAAAAAUGUACAAGAUGACAAUGUCUGCACUUUUUAACCACUAGGUGGCACUGAAGUUUCAAUAUUCAUUGCUAUAACUACUCAUGAGUUUGUUCCCUUUUAUGAUAUCCAGAUGAUGAACAGUGUCUAGAUAUACAGUCAAUAGGUCGACAUGGUGAAAAGGUCGACAGGUAAAAGAUAGACAUUGCUUAAGGUCAACGGGCACAAAAGGUCAACCUGAGAAUGGUUGACACACUGUUUGGGUUUUUUUGACAUAUUUUUCAACUUUUGAUUACCGUAUAUACUCGAGUAUAAGUCGACCCGAAUAUAAGCAGAGGCACCUAAUUUUACCACAAAAACCUGUGAAAACGUAUUGACUCGAGUAUAAGCCUAGGGUGGGAAAUGCAGCUCUACCCGUACACAGACCUCAUAGUGCCAGAUAUGCCCCACAGUGCCAGAUAUGCCACACAGUGCCAGAUAUGCCCCACAGUGCCAGAUGUGCCAGAUAUGCCCCACAGUGCCAGAUAUGCCCCACAGUGCCAGGUGUGCCAGAUAUGCUCCACAGUGCCAGGUGUGCCAGAUAUGCCCCACAGUGCUAGAUACUUACCCUCC